AUGCUUCCUCGCUCGUUUCUCACCGUCUUUGCCCUCGCAGCAGAGGCUGCCGUCAUUGCUAUACCCCGUGCGGAUACUGCAUGCAUCAACGCGUCCGUCCGCAAGGAGUGGCGUGAGCUGGAUGAUGCCGAGAAGGCCGAGUACCUCCGCGCUGCUGUGUGUGUGCGGGGGCUGCCCAAGGCUAAGUACGCCGACAUCGAGGCCGUCACCACGCGCAUGGACGACCUAGUCUAUACCCACUUUACACUCAAUACGGACAUCCACUUCGUGGCCAACUUCCUUCCAUGGCACCGCUGGUUCGUGCAACUGCACGAGGACCUGCUGCGCACCGAAUGUGGCUUUACCGGUGUCCAGCCAUACUGGGAUUGGAGUAUUGACGCUGACGCCGAGAACACACCCAACUCUCCCAUCUUCGACUCUGUCACCGGCUUCGGCGGCGACGGCAAGCACACCGGAAGCGACGUGCCUGGCUUCCAGCGUUGCGUGGUCGAUGGCCCCUUCGCCAACACGAAUCUGACACUGGCCAUGGGCUGGCCUAACAUGAACGACCACGGCGAUCGCCUGCACUGCUUCACUCGCGAGUUUAACGGUGGUCUGGGCAACGACGAGAAUGGCGAACCCAUCAUCGGCGACAUGCAGGCCGGGGCGUACAACUCCAAGGUCAUGAACACCAUCUACGGCUUCGACACCUAUGCCCAAAUGUCCUCAAUGCUCGAGGGAUUGCCGCAUGCGCAGAUUCACAGCAUUAUCUUCGGCGAUAUGGGUCCGGCCACGUCGCCUAAUGAGCCCCUCUUUUUCCUUCACCAUGCCAACGUUGACCGUGCCUGGGCCAAGUGGCAAGGCCGUAACGCUACCCGCUUGGCUGAUUACACGGGCUAUAAAGACACCGACAAGACAGUCCCAGCCUCGAUCACCGAUGCAAUGCCCGUGCUAGAGCUUGGGAAUACCCUGCCAGUUGUCCAGGAUUAUAUGGACACUCAAGCCGGCCCUCUUUGCUACACAUACUCGUCCAUGUGA